UUUCUACUUUUUUAUAAUUGACCAAUGUUUUUAUUAUUUAAACCCAUUGUAUGAUUGUUUUUUGGUCUGUCUUACCUGUUUGCGAUGUGAUUAACGCUUUUUCCAGUACGCAGUAAACAGUACAGAGAAAGAGAUCAUUUGAUAACCAGUAUGAACAAAAAUAAAUAUUGCAGAUGAUAAUCAACAGAAGAGAACCCAACUCUUACAGACUAUAAGCCUACUCUGUUCAGGGGUUGAUAUGCCUAACCCUCUCUGCAGUCUAUGACCAGAAACAUUUUUGUUGUCCUCUCUUUAUAGUUUAUAGCUAUAUUUCUAAGUCUGCAUCAUCACAAUUCUUACCUAGUAAUUGGCAGUGAAAGCCAGUUGGAAAUAUUUUAUUUUAUAUAAAUUACAUGCAGAAACUGUUAUGGCAGCAAGAAGAAAUAUACAGGAAUCCAGUUCUAAUGGACACUCUCUAUCUGGAGAAAAAACCAGAAGUGAUACAUCAGACUUAGACACAAGUGAGACUGAAGCUCUUUUCACACAGAUUGCUGAUUAUUUCGAUCCAGGCAAACCAUCUCAUUCUAGUUCAGACAAGAAGGAAAGUAGACAGACUAGGGACAGAAAGGAAAAAGUCACUUCAAAUUCUGCAGCUAGACCAAAUACCAGUAACAAUGUCUUACAGAUGCUUCCGUCUUGCUCAUAUGUGCUCCCCAGUGGUCAUCAUGAUCAAAGAAUUGAGUCUUCAUUAUCCCAUACUGGAGAACAUUUCUUUCCGAAACCUGGGAGAUUUGAAUCCAGAGGUCACAGAGGCUUUGGUGCAUCAGAAGACUGGCAGUCUGGAUCAAAUAAUCCCUGUGACAUAGAGUCACUCUACACUCACCCAGAAUCUUUAAGAACCCAUGAACCCUCUAUGCCUGCAGCAACUAGAAACAUUAGUAGAAGUCCCAGAAGAAAAAGAAACAGAUGGUCCAGUGAUGACUCUGUGUCUUUUCUUGGCCCUGAUGAGGAGACAGGACAUAUGAAUGAUGAAGAAUAUGCCAAGUGGCUCCAGCAACAGAUAGACAUAGAGGAUUACUGGCGUAAUAGACUGCAGAUGUCUAACCCCCAAGAUGCAAGCUUCCAUGAAUCAGGCAGAAGAGGUAACAAUGAACGCACAUUUUCUAAUAGACGACGUAGACGACCACAUGGCUGGUCAAGCCCUGAGCCUGAAAACAACUAUGAAACCUUUUGGGAACUACAGGAGCUCAAUGGUGAUGUCAAAAGCAGAGGCAUAUCACAAGAUGUGAUUGAUCAGCUACCUAUCUAUGUUCUAUCUAGUACAGACUUAAUGUCACGGCAAGACAGAAGUGAUUGCCGUGUUUGCAUGGAAAAGUACAAAGCUGGGGAAACAGAGAGAGUGUUAACAUGCUUUCACUCUUUCCAUGUUGACUGCAUAGAUAAAUGGCUUUUGGAAAAUGCAACAUGCCCAGUAUGCAGAGAAAGUGCAUUGCCACAGGAUGCAGAUCUGUAUCAGUUGACAGCAUGAACAAUUAAUCCAUCUAAAUAAGAUCAUAUUAAAAAAAUACUCUUUCUUUGCUGCAAUCUUGUACAUGAAGGUACAGUCACAAUAAAGCAGAAUAACUUUAUGGUACACUUAUUUUCCAAAAUUUUGUGUUUCUCUAACUUGCGUGGAACAAAAAAAGAAAAGUAAUGGAUUUAGGCACCUUUAUAUAUUUUCAACAGAGCUUUUACCAUUUUCAAGAAUAUGUGAAAUCUUUUGUAAUGGUUUAUCAUUCUUGUAGACUAGAGCUGAAGGUAAUGAUUAAAGAGACUGGAAUGCCCCAUAAAAUGGAGUAGCUGAGAGGAUUUUGUCCUACCACUGCUAAUCCUAGCGUAUGGGUCAUGCAAGUCAUGUAGCAAGAUAAACUUGAAUUAUCUCUUGCCUUCUGAAAUAUCAAGAGUCAUGGUGGACAGCAUUUAUACGGGUACACAUGGAUUUCUUUCCACUCAUUUUAUAGCCAGAGAUUUAUAAUGAUGAUUGUAAGAAGCAUAUUGUCAGCUUGUGAAUGGUUUUAUUUUUGGAUGCUCGUUUGACUUGAAAGCUGGUAAUAUUUUGUUCAUUAAAGAUGUGAAAUGUAC